GGAAGUCAUUUGUUCAUGCCUCACCACCGGGACAAUUUGACUUCCUGCAGUGGAACUGAAGACGGAUUCUCAAGCGAUGUGUGCUACCCAAAAACCGGCACUAAAGAGAAGGAUGUGAAUGGAGCAACAUACAGAUCUCUGUCCCCUCAGCCAUCCUCUGCCAACAGGAGUAACUCCAUGUCCUCAAUCACUCGCUCCCUCUCCAAGACACUCAGCAAGGAAAGCAUGGCGCAUCACGCACAGCAACUCAGCAGUUCAAAGGGCGGCGAACACAUGUGUCUGAAAGUGGCCUUCGCAGUGUUCAUGUCAGUCAUGACCGGAGGUGUCAUCAUGGGCUCACUGUUCGUGGGCGGGAAUCUAACCGUCUAUGAGUCAGCAUACAUUGCGGGCAGUUUCACUCUGGUAUCCUUUUGCCUCCUCGUCGUUUCAAGGAAAACGAGGGCGGUUUAUGCAGUGAUGUUGCCGAGUCUGUGUGCGACUAGGGGUCAAACUGUGAUCAUGUCUCUGGCCUUCUCCUUCAUAUUCAGUCAUCACAUUCAGGCCAUCCUCAGCAACAUGGAACAGGUGGGCAAGUCGAUGGCGUGCCACUCAGAGUUAGCUUACAACCAGUCUCUUCAAGUGCUCGAACUGUACACCUCCCCCUUGGCAGGAUUAGAGGAGCAACUGCAACACUCAAUCGCCAAACUGGAGGGUCUGAAGGAAAUCUAUGAAGACCCGGUGGGCACUGUGGUCGACAUCAUCAACCAGACUGCGAAUGCCGUGGAGCAGAUUAAGAACGAACUGGUCGAAUAUGAAGAGGCAUGUACCCGGAAAUCUAAAGAGUAUCAGAAAGAAUGCAAACUGAUGGGUGAAGACGUGAACAAGUUCUGUGGGUACAUACAACAACAACUUGAUGACUCAGCAAAAGACUUCACGAGACUCCUUGCUGGAGAGAGCUACAACAAAGACAAAUAUGACAGAUGCGUAAGCUGCACGGAACAAAAAGAGGAUGAACAAAUAACAGAUCCCAAUGGCGAGACAGGGCUUUGCCUCCCUGACAUGCCUUGCCCUCCAGUAAAGAAGCGGAGAAAGAGAACGGCCGACAAAAAUGAAGAUACCCAGAGAAACACUCCAAGAACUGCAUCAACAUCAAGUCACAAUCCGGAAGACACGUGUAUGAACUUUACCUCCUUUUGCGAGGGGACCAGUGAUUUGGGUAGUGUUUCCACCUGCUACCCCGCAACAGCUAGCAAGGACCUCGCGGAAGGGGCGGCGAAGUCGGCGCGAAAAGCCGCCGACCUCGUUAUUGAGCAGUUUUACUACAAAGUCGACUACAAUUUCGAAGCAAAUGGAACGUCUAAGCAAAGUUCAAAUGCUUCUGAAAUCGAACAGAAAAUUGUGGAAAGUUUUCAAAAAUUGCGACCCAUACUUGAAAUGGGCUCAAAAAUUUUGUCGAUUAUAAUGGCCCUAUACUUUUUGACAAUACUCCACAAAGCUUACAAAUACAUUUCGGAAUACGUUCAAGAUACAUCUUUCGAUAACCAUUACUUGAACGAAAGUUUAGAAAAGUAUCUGACAGACGGAAAAAGAACUCUGAGAAGAUCUGAGGUUAGAAAACUAGUCAGAAUUUGGCAAUGGAAACGAACUACGACCGAGAACCAAAGAAUUUUCUACAGUUUGAUAACUUCUGCUGUGUACACUUCAACCGCGUUGUGUAUUUUAUUUUUCAACGCCUUUUUCUACUACACGUUAGUUAUGAUUCGAGAUUACGGGGAGUCUGAAGUUGAGUUUGAAGGUAGCACCCUUUUCGUCGUCAAUGUCGAAGGCGAUGGAUUCAUGAAAGGUAUUAUAGAAGUAUUCUUGGAGUCAUACCAUUUCGCUAGUAACUUAACUACUGUUACUAGCAACGAAAAAUGUUUACCAGAUCCAGUCAAACCCGACCGUGAGUUUUUGGUUAACAUGUGUGUUUUGAGCUGCUUUGUGCUGUUUUAUUUCACUAUCAUUGCCCAAACUUGGGUCCUAAGAUUCAGACAUGUUAUAUGCGGAAUGUUCUUUGAAGGAUCUGAAACUUCAAGAUUGCAUUACCUCGUGAACAAACUGACGUAUCAGAUCGAAAACCGUGAAAUGAUUAUAGCUCAGAAUGUGCUCAGAAGCUUCCAAGAAGACAAAACGCGGAAGCAGUUCCUGGAAUUCGGAAUAGUGAGGAAAAUUUCGAAAAUGUCGCGAGGUGUGCAUGGCUAUUGCUAUGCAUGUCGCAGGACCGGUUGGGGGCGACAUAAAAAGAUAGAGUGCAGCGAUCACUUUAUAAACUGCCAAGAAAUCACAAUUAAAGCCACGUUUUGCAUUCCUUGCAGCUUCGAAAUUUACAACUCGUGCAUUUUAUGUCGACUAGAAAUUGUGGAUUUGGAAUCGCAAGCGCAAUUUUUGGCACCGAAUUUGUUAUCGAACAUUGCUUUAAAACCGACACUGGAGUUACCCGUUUUGGGCGCUAAGAACAACAAAGUCGGUCCUGCGCCAAGCAACCCGACUGAUGAGAACGAUUGCACAAAAGCUUGAUAUAGUUGUUAUACUUAUAUGAUGUCAUUAUAGCUGAAGAAUUGACGUAAAAAUAAUCAAAUGACAGUACGAAAUUGACAUGGAAACUUUUUUUAUAAUUGAUAGAUAUAUCAAAAAUCAACCGCUAACUCCGUAAAAGAUAUCAACUUUAGUCGGUUUCAGCUUUAACAGUGUAAAUUUAACGACUUGCAGUACUGAAAAGAUAAAUUAUAGAUCUUGUGAUUAAUUUUAACAAAAACAUGUCUGUUUUGUUUAAAAUUUGAUAAGAGGAGAUUAUUAACUUAAGA